UGCCGGCUAUACAACCUCAUUAGACCCGGCAACUAUGAACUUGUUACAGACUAAGGGCACAGCCUGUUCACAACAGAAUUCCUAAGUCCUUAAACUUAAAGCUUUCAUUCUUGUGCAUAUAGUAAGUACCUAGUACGUGGUGCUAUCAUUAUAAAUAACUGUGUUACGAGGUACGCGCAGACCGCGGUCGGGCUCAUUCAACUGGCAGCGCGCGCGCCAAACAGUUGUUCGAUAACGAAACUAAUGCUACGCGCGAAAAUGGAAGUUAAACUUUUAACGUUCGUGAUUUUAUGUGCUUACGGUGUUUUAGCGUCCGAAUAUAAUUGUGGCAAGAGAUCCGCUCUGCUGCUGCUCAAGCGACCAGCCUAUGAGUUCUCAAUGAGAAUGUUACAGCGGGUUACCGAGGAGACAGAUGCCCACUUUGUGUACUCACCCGUCUCCACCUGGCUGCAGCUCUCGGCGCUGGCUGAGGGCGCCGAUGGCCGCACACUCAACGAGAUUUGGCGACUAACCAGACAUCACAAGAACAGAUGCUUCAAAAGGCAGCUGAGCGGGAUUUUAAACCGGCUCAACUUUGACUUACGUUUUGAAAUGAAAAGGAAGAGUGUGAUUGCAAUAGACAAAUUGAUGGCCGUCAACAAAAAAUACAUUCAGGACAUAGCGAAGCUGUACGGAAUCAAAGUGUUGCUGCUAGCCUUCAACGAACCUGAGAAGUCAGCGCAGGAAGUGAACCACGUGAUUGAAGACGGCACCGACGGAGUGAUCAACCGUAUACUGUACCAUGAUGACUUUAACGACACAGUGCUACUCAUGAGUGAUGCUAGUUAUUUUAGAAGUGACUGGAAGUCUCCGUUUACUAGUGUCGGGGUACAGCCGUUUUAUUCGCGUAAAGGAGAUAAAAUCGGUGAAGUGAGUAUGAUAAAUCAAGUAGGACAAUUCAAUGUAAUAGAUUUCCCUCACAUAGGUGCUACAGUGUUAGAAAUACCGUGCGCCAGUCGCAGGAUAUCAAUGUUAGUGUUUCUGCCGCUAAAAAAACUAUGGGUCAGCGACAUAUUCUACAGUCUACAGACGACCAGGCUGACCUCCAUAUUCAACAUGUACAAUAUACAAGGGCCCCAGUUGGUUAAUGUCACCAUACCUAGGUUCAAGCAGCGCUCUGAAGUUGAGAACUUACCCGAACUCGUGUACGACAUGGGUAUCAGGAGGAUAUUUGACCCUAACGCAGCUGAGUUUAAGGGAAUCAGUAAAUUUAGGUUGUACGCAUCUCUGAUGACACAGAUAACUGACAUAGAAGUUAAUGAGAAGGGUGUGACGGCGACUGCAAACUCCCUAGUCAGGAAUAAUGGUUCAGCUGUAGAAUUCUUAGCUAACAAACCAUUCGCGUAUGUGAUAGUAGACAAAGUGACAGAUUUUAUUCUAUACGCUGGUAUGUACUCGUCGCCUUCUGUGAUUUGAAUACCGAGUAUUUCUACACUAAGUCUUGAUGUAUAUGAUGUGUCGAGAAUCUUUUCUGCGAAUGAUUUGAUCGCAGUUUGCAUUCGCGAUGUUUUAUUUGUAAAUAAACUCUGAAAGUUGGACGUCUGUGUCGGACAUGCAGAGGGAAUGUGCAGUUUAGACGGAUUGACAUUUCGUGAACUUUGGUGAAAGUGUUCACCGCAUUAGACUGUGUUGUCUGAAAGUUAUCUUCUUCUGUUAUGUGUACCACUGAGAAUUGUCUCUCAUGUUGCUUUUUUAUGUAAACAAAUAAGAUGCAAAUUAACAUAGAUUUAUUCCCAUUGAAAUUAAAAAAAUGUAUUUUAUAUUCACCUGCUUGAGACUUGUAUAAUUUUUGAAUUAACUUGAAUCAGUCACCGAUGUUUAUUUAUGUCAAGUACAUUUUACGAAACUUGUCAUAAUAUUUGACAAUGUAAAAAAAUAACAGUGUUAACAACGUUUUAUUUAUGGAAGUAGUUUCUAAUAAUAAGUUGUUGAUGAAUAAAACGAAUGUUUUCAGUAAAAAUAAUGUUUAUUGAUGAUAACAAACAAUGCAGAUAUUAACAAUGUAUCUAUGACUAGUAUCACAUAAAUCGCUUGGCAUUGCAAACAAAUUAACAAAACAAUGGACUUAUUUGUAGUAGAUUUCUAAAGCUAAUUAUGAUUAAGUUUCCUGUAUUCGAUCACAAAAUUAGUACUUUAAAAUAUACACCAUUAUCGACGCCUCGUGGCUGUCCACUGCUGGAUUAUAGGCCUACAUGACUAUAAGAGGGUUCGCCAUAAAUUCUUUAGGUACAAUUUUUUUUGAUGGCGGAAAUUGACACAUCAAUCAAUGACUUCUAACGCCUUGGGUUAGGCGAAGGGAAUUAUCAAAUUCUUACUGACUAAAAACCACGCCGUUCCUACUCCUGCUCUUC